UCAUUUUUCACCGGCACAUCUAAAUUAAGUGAUGAUGUCUUGUUUUCCAUUGCCACGUCUGAUUUAAGUUGUGAGGCCCCUCUAUCUUUUUUCCCUGUGAUGUCCAAAUUAAGUGAUGAUGUCUCUCAAGCUUUUUUGUCUGCCAAGUCCUUAUUAAAUGUUGACGUCCCUCCAGCUUUAUUCUCUAUGACGUCCAAAGGUAGUGAUGACGUCCCUCCAGUUUUAUUUUUUGUCACGUCUGACUGUGAAGAUGAAGCCCUCCAAGCUUCAGUCCGUUUUGUAGCUGACUUGAGUGUUGGCCUCCCUCAGUCUCCAGUCCACGAAACAUUAGAUUGUAGAGACAAUGUCCCCCGAGCUACAACCUGUGCAGCACCUGACUGUAAUGUCUAUGCUCCCCAAACUCAGUCAAACCAGCUACAGGAUGAUGAGACAACAAUUAUUGACAUCAGUUCACACCGUUAUGAAAUUGGCAGUCAGCUGGGUGAAGGAGGCUUUGGACAAGUUUAUGCAGCGACUCGUUUGGAUGAUGGCCUACAGGUGGCGAUAAAAUUUGCAUCUAACAAGAACACAGAGUUCAUCGGCAUUGACGGUUAUUCAGAACCUCUUCCUCUGGAGGUUGCUUUGCAAAUUCUUGCAAAUAAAGGCCCCAGGGUCGAGGAAAUCAUCCAGCUUCUGGACUGGCAGGUGGAUCCUGACUAUUACUUUAUGGUCCUGGAGCGGCCCAUGCCCUGUCAGUCCUUGUAUGACUAUUUAAAGCGCUACAAGGGCACCAUGGAAGAGGACUUGGCACGAGUUAUAAUGCAACAGGCAGUAUUCGCAGCUCGAAUGUGCUGCCUUCGUGGAGUGUUGCACCGGGAUAUUAAGCUGGAAAACCUUCUGAUUAACCCGGACACACUCGAAGUCAAACUGAUUGACUUUGGCUGUGGUGCAGUCCUCACCGACGUGGGUUACACGUCCUUUGCUGGCACAAGAGAGUACUGCCCUCCUGAGUAUCACAUGACCGGCAUGUACCACGGGGAACCAGCGACAGUGUGGUCACUCGGGAUCCUCUUGUUUGUGAUACUUUUCUGUAAAUUUCCAAAGAGACGACACCUGCACAAGAUUAAUGAUAAAAACUGGACCAAAGCUGGCUUGUCGAAAGAAUGCUGCGAUUUAAUCCGCCGCUGUCUACAGAUUGACCCAAAGCAGCGGAUUGAACUGGGGAAACUCAGUCUCCACGACUGGUUUAUGACUGCAGCCAAGGAGAAUAACAACGACACAAUAAUGGACAUCAAUUCAUGCCGUUAUGUAAUCGACUGUCAGCUGAGUGAAGGAGGCUUUGGAACCGUUUAUGCAGCGACUCGUUUGGACGAUGGCCAAAAGGUGGGGAUAAAAGUCGUCUCCAGCAGGAACACAAAGUUUAUCAGCAUUGACGGUUGUUCCAAGCCUCUUCCUCUGGAGGUUGCUUUGCAAAUUCUUGCAAACGAAGGCCCCAGGGUCGAGGAAAUCAUCCAGCUUCUGGACUGGCGGGUGGAGUCUGACCACUACAUUUUGGUGCUAGAGCGGCCCGUUCCCUUUGAGGAACUGAACUGGUUUCUCCUGCAGCAAAUGGGUACCAUUCAAGAAGACGUGGCACGAAUUAUAAUGUGCCAGGCAACAUCCGCAGCUCAAACAUGCUGCAGACGUGGAGUGUUUCACCGGGACAUAAAGCUGGAAAACCUUCUGAUUAACCCGGACACACUCAAAGUCAAAUUAACUAACUUUGGGUGUGGUGAAUUCCUCAACGGUGUGGGUUACACGUCCUUCACUGGCACAAGAGAGUACUGCCCUCCUGAGUAUCACAUGACCGGCACGUACCACGGGGAACCAGCGACAGUGUGGUCACUCGGGAUCCUCUUGUUUCUAAUGCUGUGUGGGGAGUUUCCAAAUAGACGAGACCUGCGCUUGAUCGACGGCAAAAACUGGACCAAAGAUGGCUUGUCGGAAGAAUGCAGCGAUUUUAUUUGCUGCUGUCUGCAAAUCAAUCCAAACGAGCGGAUUGAACUGGAGAAACUUAGUCUCCACGACUGGUUUAUGAUUGCAGACAAGAAAUGAGGGGGAGCAAAAGAAAAUAGUAGGCACAUCCUCCCUCCCCAGACCUGGUCCCACAACCAGACUGUGAAAGCUGGGCAGCCAUUUCUCAAUCUCCUCCACACCAUUGGGACUGUCUCUGGAGGAAAACACAGCCAGGAGAGAAACAGCACCAUCAUCCUCAAAUCUCUCUCAACAUGACAAUAAAUAAAAUGUGCUUCAGUUACAGUUGGUUGAAUCAAACAUUCCUUGAAGUCCAUAAACAAUUACUUGUCAGAAACUCUUGUCUGUUGGCCACCAGAGAUAUUUAAUAAUAUUUAUUUGCAAUCAAAGAUUGUGUCUAAUUAAGGUUCUGCUCACAGCACUGGAUGGACGAUAAGAUCAGGACUGUAGGACUUGAUGACCAGAGCCGCAUGAGAACACAUGAGACCGAUCGGCUCCCUGGAAAACAGGAUGAUCAGAAGAGGGCUGCGUUCCUCCUCAAACAGCAGCGUAAGGCCGAAGAGGCACGAAUACGUAAGCAGCAGCUGGAGGCGGAGUCAGAGCUAAAGCGAGAUGAAGCCAGCGGUUAGUCUUUGUUCUGCUCACUCCGGAUCGUCUCUCUCAUUGGCCUCUGCUGCUACUGAAGGUGACAGUGUGGCGUCAGGAGGGGCCAGUUCACACAGGGGGGAAUCUGUGGAAUCUUUUCCCAUACUGAGCCGAAAUGCGAGCAGGAACAUGGAACGAGACUGGGACAACGGCUCAACAGCCUCAUCUAUCACAUCUGUAGCAGAAUACAAUGGGCCCAAAUUAUUUAAGGAGCUGAGACGCGUAGAUGCUCUCACCAUCCACGCUCACCUGUGGCAGGCCAAGCGGCCGAGCACGUCAAAAAGAAAAUGAUCCCGUUGCUUUCCCAUAGGCUAAUGGAUCCAUCUGCUGCUUUCUGAUUGGCUACUGGGUUAUAUUCCAGUCUCAUAAACUGCCAUUUUGAUAAUGAGCAUGCCGGCUAAUAUUCUAUUGGUCCACUAGACUCCCAUUUUCCUAUUGGCCACUGCGCUGUUACACAAGCAGAGCUGAGGAAGUCAGAAGUGGGUGGAGCUCGAUGUUUGAUUGACAGAUUUAAUGAAUGUGUUUCAGGAUUACGUCAUCGUUCAGUGUUGGUUUUUUUUUAGGCAGGAAUCUGCAUGUGACACUUUUCUGUUUGAUUUUACCAUAGUAUUAAUUUACACAGGGAACAAAAGACGACACUCCCACUACUUGAACUAUGAAUUAUGGUUGCUAUCGUUACUCGAGCACGUGCGAAUGUGUGUACGAGCGCGUCCGUUUUUUUUGCAUUUCUCAUACCUCUCCAUAUGCUGCUGUUCAUCCAUGACACUCACUUUAGCAGUGCAAUGCAAUGAACACGUGACAAGGGAUCUGUGUGUGUGUGUGUGUGUGUGUGUCUGUGUGUGUGUGUGUAGAUGCUGACCUCUUCAUGGUUUUAUCAUGAAAUGCUUCUGUGUUAUCCAUCUUUCCUUUUCUUCAUGUAUUCGUGCUGGCUGCUGAAAGUAUUAAUGUACUUUCCUAAUUCUUUACUAAAGAAUCAGAUUGUCAUAGAAACACAUUGCCACUGAUUGUGUGUGUGUGUGUGUCUUCAGUAAAGAAUGUAUGCACUCCAGGGACUCCUGUGAGCAGGGCUUUCUGUUGUACAUGUUUGGAUUGUACAAAACUUUGCUUUAACUUUUCUUUAUUAGCCUAUUAUUAUUAUUUACUAUAUAUUUAUUUUAAAGAAGAACACUGAAGUUUAAUAAAUUUUACAACCAAAAUGAUGACUUGCUUGUGGUGUAAUUUUAACAAUCUGACCAAAAUAGAAAUCAAAAAUAUCCUAAUAUUCGUUAAUGUAACUCUUUUCUGGGGGGCAGCAAACUGAUCAAAGAUCGUGAGUCUAUCGCUCUUAGCCUAGUUUUUGGUCUAUUCUGCCAGUGCGCCUGAACCCCUCCCAAUAUCGCCAUCCACGGCUCUCUGACCUUCCUCAU